GCAGACGGUUGGAAAUCCUCGUCAUGGACGAGCCGGAGGACACGGAAAUCAAGAUCCAGCGGGCGUCUGGAGAGCUUAUCAACGACCUCACUGCGACCCUGCCUGCUCUGCUCUGGAAACCGAGUCGGGAGGGCGCUUCCCAGAGAAGAAUUCCUCGCCGGUGGGUGUUGGCAGGCAAGACCGACAAGCUCCUAGCUCUGCUCGAACCCUUCCAAGAGUGGCCUCAGUUGCUGGAUCCGCACCUGCAGAAGCUGCUGCCGCCGCUGGUGGAUGCCUUCCUGGCCUAUCUGGUGCAGCACCAGGGACAAUAUGCGGCCCGAUCAACGCACUCGGGGACACGGGGGCAGUUGUUGCCUCUCCCCAGGGCCGUCUGUAGGCUUCUCUACACCUUCUGCAAGGUGCGUGGGGUCAAGGUGAUCAGCCGGUUCUUGAACAACGAGCCCAAGUAUCUUGAUCCGUUGCUGCGUGCGUUUAUCGAAUGGAACUCGGUGGUCCCCGCCGAGGACUCCCUGCCUGACGCUCUGGUCUGGGAAGAGCGUUAUAUCAUGUUGGUCUGGCUGUCGCACCUCCUUCUCGCCCCCUUUGAUCUGGUUUCGAUCUCAUCCUCCGAUAUUCCAAUUCCCUUCGCCAUCCCCGAUCAACUGGGGACGUUGCCCGCCGAGACACCGGUUGUGACGGAAUCUCUUCUUGCUGUGGCGUUGCAGUACAUCGGUGUUUCUGGCAAAGAGCGAGAAGCAGCUUCUUUGCUGCUGGCCCGGUUGUCGCUGCGAAAGGAUAUGAAGGCCCUUGGCUUCUUGAAUAGACUGACAGACUGGGCUUUUAGAACCAUUCAACCUCGACAGCAGCAGGGUGCUGAGGUACCCUCGGUGUACAUGUCCAUCGGCGUUCUUUCAUAUCUGGCUCGAUUAGGGGCUUCAGGACAAGUGGAAGAUUUUGCUCCUCUGGUCAUCCCCGUGUUCCGACAGACCAUCCGCCUUGCGCAAGAGAAAUCUGAAGCGUACGAAGUCAUCCAGUCAUCUGCCAUCGCCAGGAAGAUGGUAAUCAAGAUUCUACGCACUGUCACUGUAAUGGCUCUGUCUUUGAACGAGAAGGGCGAUGAGUCCGUGUCCGACGAGGGAGUGUCGUCUAUACUCGAGGAAACCAUUGACUACCUACUGACAUGCCUGGCGGACAAAGAUACGCCCGUGCGAUUUGCUGCUAGCAAAGCUCUGAGUGUCAUCACUUUGAAGCUCGACCCUGACAUGGCGGCAGAAGUCAUCGAGGCCGUCAUCGGCUCGUUGGAGGAGAAUAUCCUUUACCAAAAGCCAGACGGCACCCUGAUCACGGCAUUUGAGGCUAGAAAAAUUGGCUUGACCUCCCUCAAACGCAAUCUGAGCGCCGUUGAUGCGCAGAGGUGGCAAGGCCUGAUGCUCACGCUUGCCCAUCUCCUUUUCCGCCGUGCCCCCCCACCACGCCAGCUGCCGGAUGUACUGCAGUCUCUCCUGUCUGGUCUAGACUUUGAGCAGAGACUCACAACAGGAAACUCGGUGGGCACCGGGGUUCGUGAUGCCUCCUGCUUUGGGGUUUGGGCGCUGUCUCGGAAGUAUACGACAAAGGAGCUGCUGGCUCUGGAUGCCCGUUCGAUCCAUGCACCCACCGAUCAAGAGAAGACAAGUGUUCUGCAAAUCCUUGCCGUCGAGCUAGUCUGCGCGGCCUGUGUGGACCCCUCAGGUAACAUUCGCCGUGGUUCAUCUGCAGCUUUGCAGGAAUUAAUCGGCCGUCACCCGGACACCGUGGUCGAGGGUAUCCCGCUAGUUCAAGCUGUUGAUUAUCACGCCGUGGCCCGGCGAUCGCGAGCGAUGAUUGAGGUUGCAAAGGCGACAGCUAGCCUGAGCGAUGUCUACUGGGCGCCCCUCGUGGAGUCUUUACUACAAUGGAGAGGGAUUGGAUCUCCUGAUGCUGACUCCAGAAGAUAUGCUGCUAAGGCUCUCGGGGUCCUCAGUACACACCGCUCAUUCAAAACUCUUGAAAUAGUUCUGAAGAAACUACUCCAGAAAAUUUCCUUCAUUCCUCGCAAUGACGUCGAGUCAAGGCACGGGUGCUUGUUAGCCAUGGCGGCUACCGUUGAUGCGUUCAACACCGAACGACAGAAUACUGGUAUAACACCUGACAUUCUCGAGGUAGCCGCUGUAUCCAGCCAGGUGUCAGAACUCUGGACAAUCUUUUCCGCACCGUAUGGUCCACGGACUGAGGAAUUGACCCUCCAGACGACUCGGCCGGAGCUGACCGCGGAGGCCACAUCGCGUCUCAUCAGCUCACUAUCUCAAUCUGUUCAUAUGAGAGGCGGGGAUGCAGCGUUGGGUCCUUCUGCGGUUUCAUUGGAACGCGCUCUCGAAUUCAUCUCCUUUUCUUUGUCCCGAAGUGAAGCCAUUGCCAUUGAAGCGUCUUCCGAAGCUGCAUCUCAACUCUUCCCUCAUCUUUCAACAAUUAAGCAAAACCAAAUCAUCCAGGGCUGGAUUAAACAAAUCCAUUCGAGCUGGAAACAGCCAUCAGGACAUGGUCAGAUAUCAGCCCUGGCGGCCGUCUACCGAAAGCUUGAAGCGGAAAAUCCGUUUAAGAAUACCAUCAUCAGUGAACUUCUACGUUGCACGGGAAAGGAAGAGCUUAUUGAAAAGAGAGUUGCUGCUGUCAAAUGCUUGUCGACCGAUGUGGUGCCCUACACAGAUAUUACGGAUGAGCUUGCAGAUAGCUUCAUUGAUCUAUUGAAUGACUACACAACCGAUCGACGGGGAGAUAUUGGCUCAUUGGUCAGAAUAGCUGCCCUGUCCGGAACCAGUCUUAUCCUCCAGAAGGAUACCAAAUCUAUAGCGAGAACUUUGCGGGUGCAGCAUAUCGUCGGCUGCUUAUGCAGGCUCGCAGCAGAGAAGCUGGAUAAGGUUCGACUUCAAGCCUGGCUGUGCUUGCAAACAUACUGGGAGUCAGCAACCGACUUUCCGCCAUUGGAAAGGAGGGAUGAUCAUUUUAGCCAUGUUUCCACCAAGGAGUAUUUCCUCCAGCUACUUAGUUUGCAACGCAUCGACCAAUUUCGAUCGCCCCUUCUCCAGGGGUUUGCGACGUCUACUGUGGCCGGCACCGAGAGUGUCAUUCGAGAAUCUCGCUCAGCAUUGAUCUCCUUCAUCAACGGACACGAUGAGCUUCAACGCCAAACCCUAGUGAUCACCUUUAUUAAUGAAUUAGUGGUUGUCUUGAGCGAUAAUCUGCAGGAUGACCGAUACGCUAUUCCGACAAUGGAGCUUCUCGCCUUUCUCAUAGACAGUUACGUUGAUGAGGUCCCCGAAGACUGGAAAAUCAGCUUCCGCAAGCUAUUUGUCCUGGUCCAAAAGGCACACUUCAAAUCGUCCAACAUGCCUAGACUUGAGGCGGCAGUCAGGAUGUAUGCGCCGUUAUCGCGGAUGGGUUCCUUACGCGGCGACGUGCUGAAGAAGCUGACCUCGAUGCUUUUGCACCCAUUUCCUCGAGUCCGGAAUCUCGACGAAAGAAUCAAGAUCGAAGAGCUGAAAGACGCCUUGACGGAAAUCUUCUCGGAAUACGGCACCAUCGUGGAGAUUGUGGCCAAGACGAACCUGAAAGCCAAGGGCCAGGCGUUUAUCGUGUUUGACGAUGUUGACUCUGCGACUCGCGCCAUCGAUGAGGUCAACGGCUUCGAGCUCUUCGACAAGCCCAUGUCGCUGGAUUAUGCCAAGACGAGGAGCGAUGCUACGGUUUUGAAGGAGGCUGGCGCGGAGGAGCUGGAGGCUCAUAAGAGGAGGCGGUUAGCUGAAAAGGAGCGGAAGCAAGCACAAGAGGCACUCGACGCCCAGAAGAAACUCAAGCGGCCUGCUGGUCCUACCGAGGCUGCUCGCCCCAGCAAGACCACCAAGGGCGCCGGCCUCAAACCUACGACUGGCGCGGCGGCGGCGGUCAUCCCGGACGAGUAUCUGCCUCCGAACAAGAUCUUGUUCCUACGCGACCUGCCGGACUCGGCCGACCAGGACAGCCUGUCUGCCGUGUUUGGUCGCUUCGAGGGGUUCCGCGAAGUCAGAUUGGUGCCGGGGCGCAAGGGAAUCGCCUUUGUCGAAUAUGAGAACGAGUCUGGGGCCAUCAGCGCCAAGGAGGCAACGUCUGGAAUGCCGAUGGGGGAUCAAGGAAAACCUAUUCGCGUUACGUACCAACGACAGUGAAACAAGAGAGAGUCUCGCUUGUUACGUACGGCAUUUGUUUGUUGAAAUGGCGUUUUGUUCUUUUCUUCCAGGAAGGUUGCUGUGAUUGCUCUCGAUAAAUUAAUGGGCUGGAGAAUCAAUCCAUAAAAUGAUACAUAUAUACCAUACAUAUACCAUCCAUUCUGAAAGGGCAAAUCGAUUCUUGGAUAAAAUAGAGGCUAACAAAUCAUACAAUGCAUGGGUUACUGAAUCAAGACUGGG